GCUCAGUACGGGACAAGUGUGCUAGUAAAUGUUCCCCCCCUGUUUAGAUUGACUGUGUUAGCAAUGGACUACGGACAACGACUGUCCGAUGAAAAAUACAUUAAAAUGAGUGUUACUAAAAGAUUCUGUACAUGGGAUUUAAAAAGAGAAGUAUUCUUAUUUAACAAAAAAAAAGAAUUGAGAAAAUCCAGUAAUUAAUCACUUGAAAAACAUGAGGCUACAAUUAAUUUUCGCAUCACUGAUUGGAGCCUGCACCUGGAUCUUAGUCUCUAUGCAAGUUAACAGUUUCUGCAGUAACGAUGAUUUCUGUAUGUAUCAAUGUCAUUGUGUCAGGAAUUGCACUGGAUCAAACGGGACUUGUCCUGACAAAUGCCAAUCAGGGUGGUUUGGGGCUAGAUGUCAGUAUAGAGAUCUUCUAACAAUACAAGGAGCUACAAAAUCAGAAACAAAGUCUUGGUUAACAGACGGAGAUGACAGUACAUGUAACAAUGAUCCAAACUUUCAAGAACUCACUGUGUCUUGGGAUAAAAACUAUACUUUGACUUGGUUGAGGAUGGUUUUGAAUGACACAUAUAAGUUCUCAACGGUUAAAGUAUUGUACAAUACAACUUCUGAAUACCAAGAAUGUAGAAGUCAGAAAUGGUCACAACUUAAUGAGAACACAAUGGAUAUAAGAUGUGAAGAUAAUGUGAUGACAACUUCAUUAAAAAUACUUGGGAACAUAGGCUCCUUGUGCUCUCUUUAUAUUAGUGGAGGUCGAAAUGUGGCAUAUAAACAGACAGCUACACAAUCUUCCAACUACAGCGAAACAAUCCAGGGCGUUCUAAUAGUAUUUACAGCUGAUUUAGCAGUAGACGGAAAUACAAUUAAUGAGUUUUAUAAAGGUUCCUGCACACAUACCACUGACAGUACUCCUCGCUUCACCUUAACCUUAAAUAGUCCAUAUAUUGUAAAUCAGUAUACCUUAUACAAUAGAGUUGAUAGCAAUCUUCAGAAACGUCUAAAUGGAUUUCGUCUUAUAUCAGUGGAUGAUAACAAUAAUGUUGUGGAUAAUUUCAAAGAUGUUGAUGAACAAGCGAAAGAUAUCUAUUACAUUAGUGUCAACACCUCUAAGCCAAUUAAGUCAUUAUCCAUUAAUGAAGUAUCAAAGUUAGACAGCAAUGGCAAAGGCCCAUUUAUUACUAUUUGUGAAUUGGAAGCUUAUGGUGAAUGCCCUCCUGGUAAAUGGAGUCUUCCUUGCACACAAAAUUGUUCAACUUCCUGUCCUACCAGUUGUGACAGAGAUACUGGACAAUGUAAUAUUGUUUGCGCCGGUGCCAUUAAUCCACCAGCUUGCACUGAAAAUUGUACAAUAGGAAAAUGGGGCAUUAACUGUACAAAUACGUGCGGUACCAAGUGCGUUUAUCUUUCUUGUCACCCUAAGACUGGAGAAUGUACUCAAGGAUGUCUUGGCUACAGCGACCCACCUCAAUGUAAUACAGAAUGUUCAAAAUCAACUUGGGGAGUCAAUUGCAGUCAAAGUUGUAGUAGUCAUUGUGUCAACAACACCUGCAUGUCUACAAAUGGUACUUGUUAUGGUGGUUGUGAAGCUGGCUACCAACUACCUGACUGUACUGAAGAAUGUUUAAAAUCGACCUGGGGCAUCAAUUGCAGUCAAAGUUGUAGCAGUCAUUGCGUCAACAACAUCUGCAUGACUACAAACGGUACUUGUUAUGGUGGAUGUGAAGCUGGGUACCAGCUACCUGAUUGUACUAAACCCUGCAAUCAAAGCAUGUAUGGACAAAACUGUUCAUUUAUGUGCCUAUCAAACUGCCUCAAUGGAACAUGUAAUAAUGUAGAUGGUUCGUGCAAUUGUGUAGCUGGUUCUGAAGGAGCCGCUUGUAUUCAAGAAUCUCAGGGUCCAUUGGAAUCCGUUGGUGUCAUUGUUGGACCCAUUGUGGCUGGGAUAGUUGUGAUAAUAAUCAUCAUAGCAAUUGUCAUAUUAUGGAGAAGAAAAAGAACUGCGAAAUCAACAAGAGAGACCAACGGUCAUAUAAAUCUUGCAGUAUUAAACAAAAGUAAUAAUGACCUCUAUAAGUCUUCACUAGAUGAUGUCAGUAAAAGUGAAAAAGAAUUCACGGAACUUAAUCAUCACUACAGUAUGAUUAAAGAUGAUAAAAUGGACUCUCUGAUCGCCAUUGAAAGCUUAAACUCCUUUAUAAAGUCUAAAAACAACGAUUUUUAUAGAACACAGUUUGAGAGAAUUCCUGCAGUGACGAAUGUGACUCAAGAAAUAGGAUUAAACAAAGAAAACAAACAGAAAAAUAGAUAUAAAAACAUUUGUCCAUAUGAUCAUUCAAGAGUUCAUCUUAAAAUUAACACCGAGAGAAAUGAAAUGGAUUAUAUCAAUGCUUCCUAUAUCAGGGGUUUUAACAGUGAAGUCAAGUUUAUUGCAGCACAAGGUCCCCAGAAAGCUACAAUAAAUGAUUUUAUCCGAAUGUUGUGGGAGCAGAAGGUCGAUGUGGUGGUGAUGUUGACAGACUUAGUUGAGGGCACUAAGGUUAAAUGUGAAAAGUAUUGGCCAGACACAGACAAAAUCCAGUUUGGAUACAUUAAAGUCAAGCUAGGAUCAACACAAGUGUUUGCUGACUACACCAUUAGAAAACUUGAGCUAUCAAAGAAAGGGGAAGUUGGUCAUAUUUUUACCCAGUUUCAUUUCACAUCAUGGCCAGAUAAAGGAGUCCCAUCAACUCAGUGGAGUCUUGUAGACGUUGAACAGAGGGUGACUUCUAUACCUACAAACAAACCAAUCGUUGUUCAUUGUAGCGCUGGAGUUGGUAGAACUGGUACAUUUAUAGCUCUCUACAACAUCAUGAGACAAGCAGAAGAGACUGGACUUGUAGAUUUUUUCAAAACUGUUUCCAAGUUAAGAGAAGACAGGAUCUUCAUGGUUCAAACAUUGUCCCAGUAUGAGUUUCUGCACAAGGCUGCUCAAGUCGCCAUUGCCUGCAUGAGGACCACGCACAUCGUGCAAGAUUUGAGUGAUAAGCUAAAAAUUUUGGAAGAAAAAAAUGUUUUUGGAAAAUCAAAACUUGAAGCUGAGUUUGAGGGUUUAUGUGCUAUACUAGAGAAACAUGUGGAUAAUGUCCAAGAUGACACCAAUGUGUAUGAGAACGCACAAAAAAAUCAGAUAAAAGGUGUUUAUGAGUUGGAACAAGACGAGAAUGUUGCGGACACAAAUAGUUUUCUCCUUCUUCCAGGUUACAAACAAAGAGACCAACAUGUUCUUGCCAAAAUUCCCAAAACUUCCGAAGACGCUGCAGAGCUGUGGAAAUACGUCUCGAAGUAUUUGGUGUCACAUCUAGUCGCUUUUGAUGCUGACAAUGACAAAGAGAAACUUGUCCAGUACUUGCCAAAUACCGUAGAUCAAGAUCUUAUGUUCUCAUCAACUGAACUGAAGUUGACAGACAUAAAACAGACAAAAGUCUGGUGUGAACGAAAGCUAAUUGUGCAAUCAAAAAAUUCUGCUAAUUUCUUGCCAUCCAGUAGAGGUCAUGCUGACACCGUCACACAUUUAGCAUGUUUAACAUUUGACCUUCACCCAAAGACCUUACUGGAGAUAGCCAAAAAAUCAAGACAGUGUUACUCCAAGACAGGUGGAAAAAUUCUUUAUUUAUGCAGUGAUGGUAUAUUACAAAGUGGUUUAAUGGCAGUACUCCUACAUCUGCUGGACAGAGUAGAUAACGAAGCUUGCAUAUCAGUUCCUUUAAUAGUAGGAACAAUCAAAUCUCUACAACCGAAAAUCGUACCCAAUUUUGAACAGUAUCAAGCUAUUUACCGUGCAGUCAGUCGCUACAUCGACACCAGUACUCAAUACACGAACACUUACUACCAGAACAAUUCCAGCAUGAAACAGAACACAGUCCAGGCGAACGAUGAGAAGAAGAGGUCCCUGGUCCAGCCAAUCAGCGAUAUAACCACAGCAGAAACAACAACAGACCCACAGAACAAUGAAACGUUUCUUUAUGCCAAUGUUGUCUAACUAUAAAUAAAUAUUUGCAAUCUUCUGCUGCAUGGCUAUUCAGUCUAUAAAUAAAACAUAACCUUAGAGACAAUUCUGUUAAAAGUCAUGUUUUGUAUUUUUUAAUGUUAAAGUACUUUUAAGAGAUUGACACAAAUCAUUCUAUUUAUAAGCAAAUUUUAUGUAUUACAAUUUUUGAAAGUGUUAUUUUAUAAGUUAUAAAAUAUUAAAUACAUUGUAUGCAACAUCUAUAAAUAAUAGUGUCAUAUUUAUGAUUAAAAAAAAUUAGGAUUACAUAUUUUUGUGUAAGUGGCCAAAGGUUACCUAUUUGAUAUCACUUAUUUAGUGUUAGUAACCUAGCGAGAGCAGGGCACCCAUUUAAAACAACAAAAUUGACUACUGAAUAUAAUAUCUUAUUAUUUAUCAUUAUUUUUUUAUAUUACAAAAGUCUGAAUAUUAAUGGACAGUGUAUGUCAAAACUUGAAAAGCAUAAAGCAAAGUCUGUGAUAGUUAUUAUAAAAUAAGUCUUAUUGUUCUAAGUACUUACACAUCACAUUUAUAUAAGUAGCUACAAAAUAAUAAUGAGAUAGAAAUCUUUUUUCAUGAAGAAGAAAGAUUUAUAGAUAUUUAAAACAUAUUAUUAACUGAAAACACUAAAAGUCGGUGUUUUUAUAUAUUCAGGCAGAUUUAAGAUUAAAUAUUUGAUAACAGAAGUUAGACAUAUGCUUGCCUCUAAUCUUAGUAAACCUUUCGGAUAGAAGUACCUUUGAGGAUUUGUAAACCGGAUGAAAAUGAGUCGUAAAUGUCAAAUCAUGACAACACAAUCCUAUUAUGAGGCAUUGGGAAAACACCGUGGCGUGCUGGCCUCAUGGGAUAUGUGGUUUAUAUUUAAGGAAGAUGUACUUGGACAUUUAAUGUGUACUUGCCUUAACACUUUAGUUUAUGUCUAGGUGUAGUACAAAGCCAAAGCUUGCUUUAUCUUACAUUAAGCGCUGAGAAAUACAUUUCCACACGAUU